CAUCAUGAGCAAAUGAUACAUAUAUUUGAGUUUAAACAAUACUGUCUUGGCCGCAGAAACGAGAACAGAACAAUGACAAGGUUGGUGUAUCCAAUCUUUUGAAAGCUGGUUAUAAAAUCCAAUCAAUCAUGUCGUGGGUUUCUGAUAGCCUAAGAUAUUAUAAUUACUCUCGAGUUUUGACAAUUAAUUAAGCCACUCCUCCUUGAUCGAAAAGGAAAGGGAACCAAGCUGUGAUAGUGAAGGGCAAAAUCGUAAAUUGAGAGUGGUUGUGAAGAGGGAGGAGAAGAUUGUCCCUUGGCUUGAAAGACAAGAGGAAGUUGUUGAUCAUUACGUGCCUCCCAUGUAAAGUAAUGCACAUACUUCAUUCAUGCCUUCCACCACCUUCACCCCAAAUAUUCUCUUUUCAAGUUUUUUCCAUUUUUUUAUUCGAAUCUCUUUGGAACUAAGUUUUACUGCAACCUAUCUCUCUGCUCAGGUAUUUUUGUGCAAGAAUCUUUACUAUUUUCUUGCAAAUAUGCUCGCUUGUCAAUCGUUUGGUUUGAAUAAUGCACCAUGCUUCUAAAAAUAGAUAAUACCUAAUUGUUUUCUUUUCUUACUACACUUUCUUUAUCUCCCACUCUUUGCUUUUCAAGAUAUACACUAAUCUCUUCCAUUUGGAUCACCUGCUACCAGAUUUGAUCUUUUUCAGACAGGUGCAAUAAAUGGCAUCUCUAGUGCCAGGAGUGCUAAUGAAGCUCCUCCAAAGCAUAAACUCCAACCUAAAAGUUCGAGGGGAGUAUCGAUCAGCUCUGCUGCAGGUGAUCAGCAUAGUUCCCGCCAUCUCCGGGUCGGAGCUGUGGCCGGAUCACGGCUUCUUCAUCAAGGUCUCGGAUUCCUCCCAUUCAACAUACGUGUCUCUCUCCAAGGCAGACACCGAUCUCAUCCUCAACAACAAGCUGCAGUUAGGCCAGUUCUUCUACGUGGACAAGAUGGAGGCGGGCACCCCCGUGCCCACCCUAGUAGGGGUAAGGCCGGUCCCAGGGCGGCACCCCUUUGUCGGGAACCCCAAGGAUCUGAUGCAGCUCCUGGAGGGCGGGAAUGAGAAUGUGGAGGGCAAGUUGAAUGAGAAUGAGAUGGUGGUUGAGGCCAAAGGGGAGAGUGGGAAGAAGAGGAUUGUGAUCAAGGAGGAGAAGAGUGGAGUUGCGUCUAGGUAUAUGCAGGCUGUGGUGAAGCACAAAGCUCAAGGGAAAGAAAUGGAUGGGAAAGAGAAUGAGAGUGAGAGUGGUGGGCUUGCUAAAAAAGUUGCAUCUUUGAGAUCUAUGCACACAAACAUUGAGACAAGGGAAUCUAGUCCAGAGGGAUCAGCAAAGAAAUCAGAAACACAAGUGGCAAAUUCCAAGAUUCUGACAGCAAAAUCCUCAGACAAACAAGAGUUGAUUUGUUUGAUGAAUGGCAAAAACAAGAAGCAAGAAUGUGGCGAGGCAAUCAUCUCAUGGUGCAAUCUGCCACCCACCCUUGUCAAGCCUGGAAAGAAAGGGUCAGUUGGCUUCUCUUGUAGCAGCACAAGCUCAGAAAGAAGCAAACUUGGCAGCAAAUCUUGCCAAAUGCCUAAGGUUACCACAAUGCCUCCCUCCAUGCAAAUCAUCCCUAUUAUGUUCACCUCAUCACAAAACUACUUCGUUUCAAUCUACUUUUGCAGCAUGUUUGGUGAUCUCUACUCGUCCGCCACUCCCCAAAAUCCACAUCUUCAUCUAUCAAGAUUCUUCACACUGCAAACUAUGAUCGAAAAAGCAGACGCAUCAACACCGACACAACAAGUCUGGGACAAUCUGCACACAAACUCAUCAACACUGCAAGAAAAGGACAAGCCUAGCAGAAAGCACGGCAAGAACACGACCAAGACCACAAGGAUCUCAUCACAACUCAGCAAUGCUGAGAAGCAGGAAUGGUCCAAGCUGGACAACUCAAAAGAGAUGAUGGAGCUGUUGAGGAUUCUAACAAACGAGACACGGUCUUGGUUCUUGAAGUUCCUCGAAGAAGCCCUUGAAUUCGGAUUCCGGGGUAGCAGCAGCAGCCAGGAGAAGAAGGGGAAGGAGAGCUUGGCGCGAGUUCUUGAGCAGAACAACCACAUUGCUCUAACGUUGUCGCAGCUCAAACAAGCUAAUGAGUGGUUGGAUAAGGUCAGAAGCAACUCAGGAUUGGAGAAAGGUGAAGUCUUGGACAGGAUUGAUGAGUUGAAGCAGAAGGUUUAUGCAUGUUUGCUGGUUAAUAUUGACCUUGCUGCAUCAGCCUUGGAUACCAGAAAAUAAAAAUCUCUUUGAUCACAUGUUAUUACCAAUACUAAAGGUGUAAGAUGUGGAUAAUUUAUUCUGAUUUUUUUUUUUUGUAAAUUAAGGCUGCAUUUUCUGUCGUUUAAAAGUGGCCAAACAUCUUUGUAUUGGAAAGAUUGAUGAAGUGUUGCCCUGCUUGAGUUCUUACAGCACAGAGAUUUAAAUCUUGAGAGAAAAGGUUUAUACGUA